AUGAUGGUGCAGGUUAAGGUUUAUGAGACUAUUGUGAUCCAUAAGGAGCACAAACACAACUUGGUGAUCUCAGCUGGUGCAAAUUGCGAUCUCACUUGCCCCGUCGCAGCCCUCCUCGCUGUCGCGCCUCUUCAACCAGUGUUGUCUUUCAACCAGUGUUAUUACUAUUCAUGUGUAAUUGCCUACUUGGAGAUUCUCACUCUCUCUGCUCUCUAUCUCUAUCUUCUCUAG